AUGGUGCAAGCUAGGAAGAUCAAGUACGACAUCAUCGGACUGACCGAGACGAGAAGGCAUGCUAUAUUUGAGACAGGAGAAGAACUGUUCCUUGGAACAUGCGACAGCAGAGGCGUCGGCGGCGUAGGUGUCCUCGUCAAUACGCACUUGGCCAUGAACAUUGGUUCGUACGAAAGCUUAACAACCCGAAUCGGACAUUUGCGAUUAAGGAUAUGUGACUCAACCCCAUCUCUAAUCAUCUUCGUUGCCUACGCACCAACAUCAACCUAUGAAGAAGAAGAGUUGGAGGCGUUUUACAUGGAUCUGGAGAGAAUCCUUGGACAGUAUCGUGAUGAUAGGGACUACCAAAAUGUUCGUGUUCAACGCAUUGUUCGUACUAGCGGACACUCCUGCUUGGCUGAGGAAUCUGCAAUAAAAAUCUGCAAUCAACAGGCAUCACUCAAUCCUAUGAGGAACCUGUCCUCUAUCCCCAUAGCAGCCACCUUCGAGUUGUGGUGGGGCAAUCACGACUUUGGUGCCUUUAUCAAUAGCACUGAAGUUUACGCCCCUACAUUUGACUAUACCCUAUUUUCUCAAAUGGUUGCGGGAUACGCUGUCGGCAUAGGAUGCACCGAUACGUGCUAUGGCAAGAAAUCGGUGUUCUGCUCUUUACUACAGUGCUAA